GCUCCCACCGGAGGACACCGACCGUCUGAGUCCAGCCUUCACCGAGGUGCUCACCAGAGGAGACGGUGCACACAGGCAGGGGGGGAGAGACGCAUGAGGGUUUCGUUCCAGGAGCUGGACUGACAACUCGGGAUUUGUCCUCCUGCCUAGGAGAGGAGAGGAGGAGAGGAGCGGAGAGGAGGAGAGAGAGGGGGGGAUCUUCAGCUGGAGCGACCAGCCGCCUUUUCUUCUGUCGGGUCUGCGGUAAAAGUCGUCCACGAUGCCGGUGUUCCACACCAAGACCAUCGAGAGUAUCCUGGAGCCGGUGGCCCAGCAGAUCUCCCACCUGGUCAUCAUGCACGAGGAGGGGGAGGUGGACGGGAAAGCCAUCCCGGAUCUGACGGUGCCGGUGGCCGCGGUGCAGGCGGCAGUCAGCAACCUUGUGCGGGUGGGGAAGGAGACCGUUCAAACCACCGAGGACCAGGUGAUGAAGAGAGACAUGCCCCCUGCCUUCAUUAAGGUGGAGAACUCCAGCUCGAAGCUCGUCCAGGCUUCUCAGAUGCUAAAGGCGGAUCCGUACUCUGUCCCUGCACGAGAUUACCUGAUUGACGGAUCCAGAGGGAUCCUGUCGGGGACAUCCGACCUGCUCCUUACCUUCGAUGAGGCCGAGGUGCGUAAGAUCAUUCGUGUGUGUAAAGGUAUCCUAGAGUACCUGACCGUAGCUGAAGUGGUGGAGACCAUGGAGGACCUCAUCACAUACACCAAGAACCUGGGACCAGGGAUGACCAAAAUGUCCAAGAUGAUUGAGGAGAGGCAGCAGGAGCUGACGCACCAGGAGCACAGGCAGAUGUUAGUCAACUCCAUGAACACUGUCAAAGAGCUACUGCCUGUUCUCAUAUCAGCUAUAAAGAUUUUUGUCACAACCAAGAGCAGCCGAGGUGCCGGCGUCGAGGAGGCUGAGAGGAACAGGAGGUUCAUCUUCGAGAAGAUGAGCGCCGAAAUCAACGAGAUCAUACGAGUCCUGCAGCUCACCACGUGGGACGAAGACGCCUGGGCCAAUAAGGAUAUGGAGGCCUUGAAGAGAUCUCUGGCUUUGAUUGAGUCAAAGAUGGCACAUGCUAAAGGCUGGCUCAAGGACCCCCAUGGACAACCAGGAGACCCCGGUGAGGUCGCCCUGCGCGUCAUUCUGGACGAAGCUGGUAAAGUGGGAGAGCUGUGUGCUGGGAAGGAGAGAAAAGAUAUUCUGGCAACCGCGAAGGCUCUGGGACAAAUGACUGACCAGAUUGCAGAUCUACGAGCCAGAGGCCAGGGUCCGGCCCCGGGGUGUGUGCAGCGUGCGGGCCAGUGCUCACAGGGCUUAGACUUGCUAUUUGGCAAAGUGGAUUGUGCCGCUCGCAGACUGGAGGCUCUAAUCAAUGCCAAGCAGGCCAUCGCCAGGAGGCUGGAUGCUGCACAGGCCUGGCUGGCUGAUCCCAACGGCGGUCCUGAGGGGGAGGAGAACAUCAGAGCGCUGCUAGCAGAGGCCAAGCGCAUCGCUGACCUGUGCGAGGACCCCAAGGAGAGGGAUGACAUCCUGCGCUCCAUCAGUGAGAUCGCAGGCCUCACCGCCAGACUCGUGGAGCUGCGUAAACAGGGUAAAGGUGACAGCCCGGAGGCCCGCGCGCUGGCAAAGCAGAUCGGGGCGGCGCUGCUGACCCUGCAGUCCAAAACCAACCGGGCCGUGGCCAACAUGAGACCGGCCAAACCCGCUGUCACCUUGGAGGGGAAGAUGGAGCAGGCGCUCCGCUGGGCGAACAACCCCGGCGUGGACGACAGAGGAGUUGAGUAUGAGAUACUAGAGUGGAACACAGGUCAAGCAGCGAUCAGAGGGAUGGUCGGAGAAGGGAAGAGGCUCGCAGGAGGCCUGUUGGGGCCGUAUCGACAGGAUAUGAUCGGGCGCUGCGACCGAACGGAGGCUCUCAUGACAUCUUUGGCAGACAUGGCCAACAGGGGCGAGGCCGAGGCUCCUCACGCACGAGCCACAGCCGCACAACUGCAGGACAGCCUGAAGGACCUGAGGCAGCACAUGCAGGAGGUGAUGACCCAGGAAGUAUCAGACGUCUUCAGUGACACCACCACCCCGAUCAAACUGCUGGCUGUGGCUGCAACUGCUCCUCCUGACGCCCCCAACAGGGCGGAGGUUUUCGAAGAGCGUGCUGGGAACUUUGAAGCCCACGCAGGUCGGCUUGGUGCGACCGCAGAGAAGGCCGCUGCUGUGGGAACCGCCAAUAAGAGCACAGUAGAGGGCAUUCAUGCUGCUGUCAAACACGCCAGGGAGCUCACACCACAGGUGACAUCUGCUGCUCGGAUCUUGUUGAAGAAUCCUGGAAAUAAGGCAGCGUACGAGCACUUUGACACCAUGAAGAACCAGUGGAUCGACAACGUGGAGAAGCUCACUGGUCUGGUGGAUGAGGCCAUCGACACCAAAUCUCUGUUAGACGCCUCUGAGGAGGCUAUAAAGAAAGACAUCGACAAAUGCAGAGUUGCCAUGGCGAAUGUUCAGCCCCAAAUGCUUGUUGCCGGGGCAACAAGCAUAGCAAGACGAGCCAAUCGCGUCCUGUUGGUGGCCAAGAGGGAAGUGGAGAACUCUGAGGACCCGCGGUUCAGAGACACAGUGAAACAUGCGUCGGACAUCCUCUCACACACCAUCUCGCCCAUGGUGAUGGAUGCUAAGGCUGUGGCCGGGAACAUACAAGAUAAAGCUCUGCAAAAGGCCUAUUUGGACUCGUGUCUGAGGAUCCUGGCUGCAGUCGGAAAAGUUAGAGAAGCCUUCCAACCUCAGGAGCCCGACUUCCCUCCACCACCACCUGACCUGGACCAGCUCCAUGUCACUGAUGAGCAAGCGCCGCCCAAGCCCCCACUGCCCGAGGGAGAGGUUCCCCCGCCUCGGCCCCCUCCUCCCGAGGAGAAGGACGAGGAGUUCCCGGAGCAGAAGGUCGGAGAGGUGCUCAGCGAGCCCAUGAUGGUGGCCGCCAGGCAGCUGCACGAUGAGGCACGCAAGUGGUCCAGCAAGCCUGAGGAUGAGGAGACAGUAGAGGAGAGGGAGGUAGAUGAUGAAGAUGAGUUUACUGAUGGUGAGGAUGACUAUGAGCCAGAGCUGCUGAUGAUGCCCUCCAACCAGCCUGUCAAUCAACCCAUUCUGGCAGCCGCCCAGGCUCUCCACCAGGAGGCGCGCAAGUGGUCCAGCAAGGGUAACGACAUCAUCGCAGCAGCAAAGCGGAUGGCCCUGCUGAUGGCAGAAAUGUCUCGGCUGGUGCGCGGUGGAAGCGGGAACAAGCGAGCGCUCAUUCAGUGUGCAAAGGACAUCGCCAAGGCCUCAGAUGAGGUGACGAGACUGGCUAAAGAGGUGGCCAAGCAGUGCACUGACAGACGCAUCAGAACUAACCUGCUACAGGUGUGUGAACGAAUCCCCACCAUCAGCACCCAGCUGAAGAUCCUCUCUACUGUCAAAGCCACCAUGCUGGGAAGAACGAACAUCAGCGAAGAGGAGUCAGAGCAGGCCACAGAGAUGUUGGUCCAUAACGCCCAGAAUCUGAUGCAGUCAGUGAAGGAGACGGUCAGAGAGGCGGAGGCAGCCUCCAUCAAGAUCCGUACGGACGCAGGAUUCACCCUCCGCUGGGUGCGCAAGACCCCCUGGUACCAAUAAACAAACCUGGUCACUGAAACGAGUUUAAACUAACUUGGACAGCACACACCUCGAGUCAAAGUAGCAAUCAGCAAACUCACCAAGAGUAAACAUGUGCGUGUCCUCAAAGAGGAAACUGCAGGUGAUGUCGAUCCAUCCUCCGCUGUGGUGUGGGUGUGUGUCUAACAGGUUCCGUCAGAAAAAUCAGGUUUCAUUGAUUGGCGUGAGUUCAGCUUUGCUGUCCUGUUCCCUUUAUCUGUAUCUGUGGAAUCACGCGGGCUAACGGGAGACAGUUUUUAAUAUAUAUUUUUGGUAUGUUGUGUUACAAGAGUUUAUUCAGAUCCCAGGUAUAUAUAUUUUUUGCAUGGAAACUUGUUCUAUUUUCUAAAGGCAGAAGAUGACAACACUAUCUCCUAGAGGACUUUUACUUUUAAUUCAUUUUUUCUCAGUGGGAGUUUCUUAUUGUCUAUUGUACAUACAGUGGUUAUUUGUUUCACGGACAACACUCUAGCUAUGAGCUUUAUACACUGAGUUUGGAGUCUUGCGUGGGCUGAUGAGCUCUCCUCUCUUCAUGUUUACUUUCAGUAAUAACGCUGUUCUUAACUAAAGAUCAAUGAAUUCAAAGGUGACGGAUCAUCGCUGGUGUCCGGCGGUGUUUAUACUUGAAGAACUAAAAGGUCAUCUUGAUUAAAAAUUGUUAUAGCUUAGAGGCAAAUGACACAGUUGCAGAAGUGAUUGUAUAAUUUGACAAAAAUGAAUAAAAAUGUAUGCUUGUCAGUAAA